CUACUCACACCUGCCCUCACAGAGUGCCCCAUCGGGCGCCCCACGCAGAAAUAAGCCAGUUGUGGUAACAGACCUAUACAAACUCUGGAGGAAACUCAUUGUAGCUUAUAGAAACAAUCAACUUGGCUUCCUGAUUUUUAACCCUCAAUUUCGCCUGCGACUGCGAGGUCCUGGAGGCAUCGCCCAGCCCAACCCCACUGUACAGCCGGGAAGUCUGAGACCCGGGGUACAGCGCGACCCGAGAUGAUCCCGCCCGCGGGAGGGCUCGGACUAGACGCAGGUCUCCUGACUCCCAGUUCGGGGCUUUGGCCGCUGUCUUCUGCGUGGUGCCCCGCGUCUUCGCGGUAGGUUGAGGUGGCCGGAGCAUCUGGCCCUACCCUUCCCACACGCCACACUCCUGGGUCUCUGGCUCUGGGGUCCGCAGAAUUUGCGCCUGCGCUAAGCCUUUGGCCAGGCUGCUCAGUGGCGGAACCAGCCCUCUUUGCCCUGGCAACGCGUCACUUGUUGUCAUGGAGACCGCGUUGUUUACCUCUCUGUUCUGCAAGAGCUGGAAGCUCCAGUUGGGGUAAGGAGGCUCCCAUCCCGAGCUUGCGUAGUGGUUCUGUGUGGCGCUGAGGAAUUUGGAAACCUCAAAUGGCUAAACUAUUGCAACCUCCGCCCAAGUUCCUGCCCUCAGAGUGGCACAUUGCUAACAAGAACCAGUACCACAGAGCAGACGCUCAAAGGUCCCGAUCAGAACGCCUGGUCGCAGAAAGCCAGAGGCUUGUGGAUGAAAUUGAAAAGACCACAAGAAAAUCUCAAAGCGAUGUGAACAAGAAACUAGAACAGAGACUCGAGGAAGUCCAGUUUUGGAAGAAGGAAUUAGAAGACAAACUUGAGCAGCUUGUGAAUGUAACUGAUAAUCUACUCAUAUAUAAGAUCAGAUUGGAAAAAGCCCUGGAGACCUUGAAAGAGCCCUUGCACAUCACUGAGACAUGCCUGGCAUACAGGGAGAAGCGCAUUGGCAUUGACCUGGUGCACGACACAGUGGAGCAUGAGCUGAUAAAGGAGGCUGAGAUCAUCCGGGGCAUUAUGGCUCUGCUGACCCGUACCUUGGAGGAGACUUCCGAGCAGAUUCGGAUGAACCGCUCUGCCAAGUACAAUCUUGAGAAGGAUUUGAAGGACAAGUUUGUGGCCCUGACCAUAGAUGAUAUCUGCUUCUCGCUCAACAACAACUCACCAAACAUCAGAUAUUCUGAGAACGCCGUGAGGAUUGAGCCAAACUCCGUGAGUCUGGAAGACUGGUUGGACUUCUCCAGCACCAAUGUGGAGAAGGCUGACAAGCAGCGGAACAACUCCCUGACGCUGAAAGCCCUGGUGGAUCGAAUCCUGUCCCAGACAGCCAAUGAUCUGCGCAAGCAGUGUGAUGUGGUGGACACGGCAUUCAAGAAUGGGCUGAAGGAUACAAAGGAUGCCAGGGACAAGCUGGCUGAUCAUCUGGCCAAGGUCAUGGAAGAGAUUGCUUCCCAGGAGAAAAAUAUUACAGCUCUUGAAAAGGCCAUCCUUGACCAAGAAGGGCCAGCCAAGGUGGCUCAUACACGCUUGGAGACCAGGACACACCGGCCGAACGUGGAGCUGUGUCGUGAUGUCGCACAAUAUAGGCUAAUGAAGGAGGUUCAAGAGAUCACCCACAAUGUUGCAAGAUUGAAGGAAACUUUAGCCCAAGCUCAGGCAGAGCUGAAAGGGCUGCAUCGCAGACAGCUUGCCCUGCAGGAGGAGAUCCAGGUCAAAGAGAACACCAUUUAUAUCGACGAAGUGCUGUGUAUGCAGAUGAGGAAAUCCAUCCCACUUCGGGAUGGGGAAGACCAUGGGGUCUGGGCUGGGGGCCUCCGCCCUGAUGCUGUCUGCUAAUAGUAGGGCUAGUUCCAAUUCUCAUUAAACCACAUUGUAAACAGUA